AUGAAGCCCCUGCCGGGCAUAAAAAUAGUUGAAGCAGAUCACCCAGGAAAGCUCUUCAUUGGUGGCCUUAAUACAAAAACAAUUGAGAAAUCCCUUGAAACAGUAUUUGACAAAUAUGGCAAAAUAGUAGAAGUUAUAUUGAUGAAAGAUCAUGAAACCAACAAAUCAAGAGAAUUUGCUUUUGUCACAUUUGAAAGCCCAGCAGAUGCUAAGGAUGCAGCCAGAGAUGUGAAUGGAAAGUCCUUAUACCAUAUGGAAGAGAUAGUUAUGGAGAUACACCUUGAAGGGAACCCCUGCCCUCUUGUAGAGAUGUUUAUUUCUCCCCAAGAGAUGAUGGGCAUUCUACUAAAGACAGCAUUUCAAGCACAGAUUACCCAAGUUCUCCUGAUACAAAAGAUUAAGCACCACCACCAAGAGAUUAUAUUUACUGUGACUCUGGUCAUUCUAGUUCACAUGAUGACUACCCAUCAAGAGGCUAUAGUGAUAGAGAUGGCUAUGGUCCUGAUUCUAACUAUUCAGAUCAUCCAAGUGGAGGUUCCUACAGAGAUUCAUAUGAGAGUUAUGGUAACUCAUGUGAUGCCCCCCUACAAGAGGGCCCCUGCCAUCUUAUGGUGA